AUGUACCUGUACAGUCCGGAGCGGCUGCAGAAGCAAAGCAGGAAGCCUGUGGUGGAGCAGGUGGUCAAACACCUGCUGAGGCCGUUCUGCAGCCACAGACACCUGGUUCAGCUCGACAGCUCGGCCUGGAUGGAGGGAAAACUCUCAGACAUCUUCUCCGGAUUAGGGGUGAAUAUUAACUUCGUUCCAGCUGUUAAGAGGCCACCUCUGACCUCGGCAUCACCCUCGUCUCCCGCAGUAACGCUGCAUCAGCACCGGUGGCCCUCCGAGGCCUCCGCAUCGCAGCUCAUUGCCCACGUUCAGGGCUGGACCGGACCGGCCAUGUUUCCUCAGUCGGACCUGAAAGGCUCGGCGGUGGACGUGUUCCUCCCAGGGGUCUGGGUGACGCUACACAUGAUCUGCAUCAACACCUUCGUGCUUCACGCUAUGCAGAGCCAGGGCUCGGGCCGGCAGGCCCACCUGACAGAGUUCACCAGGACUCUGGCCUCCCAGCUGGUGACGGACAGCAGCAUCUCAGUGCCCGUCCUGCCACGACUCAACAGCUGCUCGUACGAAGGCACGGGCUCAACAAACCUGUCCAAGCAAAGGACCAAUACCAGCAGUGCCGACCAGGUCAAAGAAAACAAGAAGCCCAGCUGCAGCUCCGCAGAGAGGCUGCAGAACAGGCCGGGAGUGUGCGGUUUAGACAACUCCGGCAACUCCUGCUACCUGAACGCGGUGCUGCAGUGCCUGUGCUCCACCGUGCCGCUCGUGGAGCACCUCCUCCACCAGGACACGCGCAGAGAGCUGGCCAGGUCGAAGUGCCGUGUGGCCGAGGUGUUCGUCCGCCUGCUGGAGCAGAUGUGGCUGGGGAGGAGCUCCAGCUGCGCCCCCGUGGAGGCCCGGUCCGUGCUGUGCUCCAUCCUGCCCCAGUUCAACAACUACUCCCAGCAGGACGCCCAGGAGCUGCUGCUCUUCCUGCUCAACGCGUUCCACGACGACCUCAGAAAGAUGCGCGCGACGACGCGGCGGCCGAGGCAAGAACACAACAGGAAGUGUGCCGCUGAAUCCACCAUCGUCUCGCAUCUGUUCGAGGGCCGGCUGAGCUACGUGACCCUGUGCAUGCAGUGUGACCACCAGGCCCACAGCGAGCAGAGCUUCACCGUGCUGUCUCUGCCCAUCCCCACACACCUCAUCAGGUGCUCCAUCCAGGAUUGCUUGUCGCUCUUCUUCGAGCAGACCGUCCUGACCGGGGGAGAGCAGAUGCUGUGCUCUGUCUGUGGGUUGAGGAGAGAAACAGCCAUCCUCACCUGUCUGGAUAAACCUCCUGAGAUCCUCACCCUGCAUCUGAAGCGGUUUGGCUGCAAAGGGAGGAGUCAGGUGAAACUGAGGACUGAUGUUGUUUUCUCCAUGAAGCUGGAUCUCAGCCCGUUUGUGUCCAGCUCACUGCCGAACGACUUAUAUUCCUCAUAUCACCUCUACGCUGUUGUGAACCAUAUCGGCCACCUGAACAUGGGUCACUACACAGCUCUGUGCCUCAACGCCCCAGCUCGGACGUGGCACUGCUUUGACGACUCGACGGUCAGGGAGGUUCAGGACAGUCUGGUGCAAUCUCCGAACGCCUACAUGCUGCUCUACAGCCGCAAGCCUUUCCAGAAACCGAAGAUUCCCGGACUGUGA